GAAAGGCGUGCUCGCAAUCUUCGUCCUUCCACGCACCUACUAACAAAGGCGCUACCUGAUACAGGCGAUGAAAAAACGCCUUUAAUCUUUCUUCGUGGCAAAAUUGUAAAUGCAACCAACGUUAGGAAGCAGAGAGUACCAGAAAACAGAAACUGAAAAUCUCAAUCCAAUUAAAGUCUACUGAUUUCCCCGCUCUGCCGGUGCGGCUAUGUUAAUUCCCGUCAAUAACCAGCUUCAUUAUCAUAGUCUCCGCCUUCUUUUAUCCUCAUUUUUCGCCAUUAAACCCAGGCCCUAUUAUUGUAACCACUGUACGAGGGCUAUGUCCACAGUUAGCGGCGGCGGUUCUGGUUCUAAAGGCGGCGCCUUUACUACAAUUCCAGAAAGGGUUGUAUUCCAGAAAGAGAUAAAGAAGAGUAAAUUCAUCGCCAUUGCAGGACCCAUCUCCGAUGAACGCUCUGCUAAUGCUUUCCUAUCUGAGGUUAGGGACCCCAAGGCCACUCAUAAUUGCUGGGCUUAUAAGGUUGGGGAUCAGUUUCGGAGCAAUGAUGAUGGUGAACCAUCUGGUACCGCUGGAAAGCCAAUACUUUCUGCAAUUGAAUCCUCAGGAAUAGAUAGAGUUAUGGUGGUUGUUAUCAGAAAUUUUGGAGGUAUCAAACUUGGGACUGGUGGUUUAGUCAGGGCUUAUGGAGGUGUUGCUGCAGAAUGUUUGAGAAAUGCCCCCACUUGUCUUGUUAAGUCCAAAGUCCCUAUGGGUCUGGAAAUUCCAUUUGAUCUUUUGGGGGUUCUCUACCACCAGCUGCAGUCAUUUCAGGCUGAAGAUAUCAAGCAAGAUUAUGAAACUGGAAAAGAUGGUAUCACCAUGGUAACUUUCAAGGUUGAUUUUGAUCGGAUGCAGAAUUUAGAAGAAGCUAUCAAAGCCAGUUGCAGCCGAGAUAUUACGUUUUACAGGCACUGAAAGACACUUGAGAAUGUGUUUGCUGCUUGGUUGUACUCUAUUCAAAGCAGACAUGGUGAUCUUAUAACAUGGCCCAACGCAUAUAUGGUACUAAGCUCUUUCUCGGCCCUUUUUGUUUGAGAACAGAGCUUGGAUGUUAACUAUUUCUAAUUUUUAACUCAAAUCAAUGUGGUACCCAGUACAGACGCAUUUUCGAGGUUUUCUGGAUGAACUUCUAAGCUUACUACCCAAAAGUCUUGGUUGAUUAUGAGAUUGUAGCUGCCAUUCCCUCCCAUUUCUAAUUGUAACUUUUUGUUUUAAACUUUCAGAGUUCAGAACAUAGUUCCAACUUCCAUCAGAAGUUCAGCAAGUUGUCCUGCAGAAUUAUCAAGGGGAAAUUUCAUACACCGGUCACUGUAGAUGUACAUUUCUGCUCUUUCGGUACGGGCGUGAGUGUCUAGAAUUUACAAACUUCACAUUCUUGUACACAUAGUAUCUACGAACAAGCGUCCAACGAGAUAUUAUCACAACUUGCAAUGCAGCAGAUAUACUAACUGUUACUAUAAUGGAUUCUCUCGCACUAUCUAUUGGUCUUUUGGAAAGGUUUGCUCUUAGUAAACUUGACAUGCCCUGUAAAGUCAUGGCUGUGUUCCAGGUUUGUAGGUACGAACUUGGUCUUUGUACUGCUGCCAAUCUUCAGUAUAUUUGGUCCGAUUUUGUUCACCGCAGUCUAACUCUUGCUAAUAUCAGCUAACACGAUUGAUGCUUCAAGUUUUCAUUUUUUUUUAACCGCUGUAGAAAUUCGGUGCUCAAUUGUGUGAUUGACUUGCUGUCAAACAUACAACACCGGUCCUCCCGAAGAUUGCUUUAAGAUAUUAGCCAUAUAUGUUUUGCAAUGGAAAGAACGGUUUAGAAGGUAUACACGGUUCUUGGAUGUGUGGACUGAUUCUGGAGUUAAAACAGCCCAUGUGCUAUAGUCCCGGAAGAUGUUCUUUUCUCAGCUGUCAAGUUUUUGGAUGCGCCUCAUUCUUUCCAUCGGACAAGAAAGAUUUUAACCAUAACAACUGUCAUAAAGAUGAUAGCUAGUAUCUCACCGAUAGCGAAAUGCUAAAAUUCUUCUGCUUUCUACGGUUGAUUUGAUCGUGUGGUCACUGUCUGUUCCUCGAAACGAAAAAUGGAACUCAGAUCAACCCUAGAUUCAACGGAUGGCAAGAUCCCAUCUCCUCUCUUGGGGGAAACAUGUGAUAAGUUUUAUCACAUUAUCCUGGUGGAAGGCUGAGGUUAGAUGUGUGUGCUUUUGUGGUUGAGGAACCAUUGAUGAUAUGUGUAGUUGAGUGGUUUGGAUGUUUGUAAGGAGCUUUGCAACACAGUAACAGAGUGACUGAUUUUCUUCUUCUUUUUGUUGGCUCUAUAAAUACAGCUCCUGCUGGGUUCUUCUCAUCACAAACAAUCAGAGGCAUAGAGCAAAAUCUUGCAAGUUCAGUUAGUAAAAACAACAUUUCUAACAAUGGCAGCACUCUACAACAGAUCAGUUGUUCUCGCUUUGGUGAUGAUACUCACCAUUUCCAGCAUUGAGACGAGCUUUGGUGCUCGCAACCUCCUCCAAGUCAUCCCAAAUGUGAUGCCAACUCUCCCAACUCUCCCAACCUUACCAACUUUACCAACCCCAUCCCUUCCACCAAUUCCAAAGCUUCCUGUUCCAUCUAAUACACUUCCCAGUAUUCCAAAGAUUCCUUCCAUUCCAGGCCUUCCCAACAUUAUCCCAGAUCUUCCGGCUCUGCCAGGAACCCCAGGCGGAAACUAACUGCGUGAUCAUCGCCAGGCGUCCGUACCAUCCAUAGUGGCUAAUCAAGCCCUAUCAUUGUUAUUAUACUAUAUAUACUUGUUGCGUUUCAGAUAAUUGUGACAAUUGUCGCAGCUGUUUAUAUCUUCUCUGUUCUUCGGGAUCGAAGCUUUGUAUCUGUUGCCUUCAGUUUGGGUGUUAUUUCUGAUCUAAUGUCAAAUAAAGAUUUCUGUUUAUUAAUCUUGUGUUUCAGAGGGCUGUUUCCUUCUCCAUUUCUUCUCAGUAGUACUCAGUUCUAUGGCUUAAAAUAUAACAUUCAGUUCAGUGGUAGCAUCAAGCAUAGUAAGACGAGUAUAUGUAAAAAAUAGCAAAUGUGUAACAAUCAAAAGUUAACUUACGUGCAUAUCAUCAGAACGAUAACAUAAUAAGAUACUCCUCUUUAUUCCUCUACAUGCCUUGUCAAGAAAGAUUACACAUUACAUGUAUGCAUAAUAACACAACUAGUAGGAGCAACCACAUCAAACCAACCAUACAUUUGUUACACGAGGGUUUUGCUAUAUAUUAGAUUAUAUUAGGAUUUAGGAGACCCGCCAUAGAUGCCUCGUAGGUUUCAUUUCCAAACCGAGCGGCCAUAACCUUCUACAGUACUCAGUAUCUACACUUGUCCGCCACCACCUCCGCCGCCUUGUCCACCUCCACCUCCUCCUCUUCCGCCACCUCCUUGACUUCCACCCCUACCUCCGCCGCCUUGUCCACCACCGCCUCCUCCCCUACCGCCACCGCCUUGACCUCCACCUCCUCUACCUCCGCCUCCACCUCUACCACCACCUCCCUGGCCUCCGCCUCCACCUCUUCCUCCGCCACCCUGACCACCUCCCUGGCCUCCGCCUCCACCUCUUCCUCCGCCACCCUGUCCACCACCUCCUCUUCCUCCACCACCCUGACCACCACCUCCUCUACCUCCACCGCCCUGGCCUCCGCCACCCUGGCCACCACCUCUACCUCCACCACUCUGUCCUCCUCCCUGGCCUCCACCACCUCUACCUCCGCCACCCUUACCACCGCCACCUUUUCUGCCUCCGCCACCCUGACCGCCACCUCCUCUUCCUCCCUGGCUGCCACCGGCACCGCCACCGCUUCCCCGGCCACCACCACCACCGCUUUGUCCGCCGCCUUGAUUAUUGAUGUCGACGCUUACAUCAGUUUCUUCUUCAGCUGCCUCUGCUUCUUCAGCUGCACAUAAGAGACAGUAGCCGAUGGAUGAGAACUCCAGGUCCUGCUGCGUUUAUUUGAAUGAUGCAGUCAAUUAAUUACAAAGUUGCGGUAAAAAAGACGUACCUGAAACGCAGCAACGGUUACAUCUUCCGAGGAGUCCCCUGCCACAGCAACCAUAUCUGCAACGUCUUCCCAACACAUCCGGCUCCUUCACUUUAUCCUCUGCAUACAUAUAUGCAUGUGUCAUCCAAACAACAUCAUUAAAACAAUAGUAGUAUUUUACAACUUAAUAGCCCAAUUCAAUUCUCUCUUCAAAUCAUGCAUAUAUAAUUACAAUUAAUUAACAAACCACGUUUGAUUUUGAGACUACUACUAUUCAUUAGGAUUAUAGGAUAUGCUCACCCUCAGACUGUUCCUGGAGUGUAGUUUCAGCUGCAAUGCUAGAAGAAAUCACGAGAAAUACACCGCCAAGUAGGAAAAGGAAAAGUAGGAUUUUGGAAUUCAUUUUUCUUUAUUUCUCAACCUUAAUUUGCUUUGAUGAGGAUAUUAUAGUACUAGUUGCUCAAAUUUCACGUGAAGAGUACUGUGUGUUCAUAAGACCUCUGUGUAUAUAUAGGAGAGCGAAUGAAGAGGUGCUAGAAUA